UAUGUCUAAUUAGCCCUACCUAGGUUGGGAUCACACGGAUGCACGGUUACUUCCUACGUUUCAUAAUUAACAUAAUGUCUACGUUAGCACCCGCCGCACUUCCUGCUUACACGUAUGGCAGCGCUCAUUUACUGUAGUAAAAGCGAUAAUCCUAUCCCGUAGCACAGAAGUGAAGUCAGGAAAGAAGCACCUUGUCUGACGCUUCGCUUGCUCAGCGCCAUUCCCUACACUCUUCUAGUACAAGGUAGGAAGAAGGAAAACUGCAGACUACCUCAUGCGAGGCGGGUAUUCUCUUGACCCAUGCCGGGAUUGGCAGUCGCCUAUCUCCGAGGCGCAGGGUUACGCAAACUAUAUUUCCCUGUCACACAGUUCAGCGUACGGUCAUCAUACACACCCGCCGUGGUUGCUCAGUGGCUAUGGUGUUAGGCUGUUGAGCACGAGGUCGCGGGAUCGAAUCCCGGGCACGGCGGCCGCAUUUAGAUGGGGGCGAAAUGCGAAAACACCCGUGUGCUUAAAUUUAGGUGCACGUUAAAGAGCCCCAGGUGGUCAAAAUUUCCGGAGUCCUCCACUACGGCGUGCCUCAUAAUCAGAAAGUGGUUUUGGCACGUAAAACCCCAUAAUUUUUUUUUUUUUUUUUGUGGUCAUAUAGCCCAAACAUCCAGCCAUUUUCACACCUGCCCUUCUUUUGUCUGUCUUCGGUAUCCACCAGGUGGAAGGUCGCGUACACGUACGUACUUCACACCGUCUGCUAUUCCAUGGACUUCGAUUUGGCGGCGGAGCUUCGAGAACCGGAAACCGCAUUCGACGAGUGCCCCGAGCCUUGGAAAUAUAGGCUGGAGAUGACAGUGAAUGCGGGUCGCGACCCUAUGGGCAACCAAGUGAUCAUGGCCACUGUGCACGACUCCGGCAGCUUCUCUGGGGGCCUGCCACGCACCAUCAUGAUGACGGCCACUCACAGAUACGUCAUCUCCGCCAAGCAGACUGACGUGUUCACGCUGCCUCCACCCUACGAAACGGCGUGCAUCGACUACCACCGCUUGAAUGACACCAAGACAAGAACUGGAUUCUCGAAGACCCAGGACAAGGAGUGCGAGGACACCUGCGUCCAGCACGUGUGGGAGAAGCUGUGCGGCUGCGUCAGCGCCAACUACAUGCUGCGCCACACCAUCGACGCGCCCGUCUGCUCCACCGUGGAACGAUGCAAGUGCACGUCUCUUCAACCCAUCCCUGUAUUUGUGCGUUGAGCUAAACUGCUGAAAAGCAAGC